CCUAACCACCUCAUUGGGACUGGUUUUUCAGAAUCCGGUCAUAUAAGCUUCUGACUUCAUAGCUAGCUAGAAGAAGAAUCAAGCUCUGGAGUAACUGAUGGGAGAUAGCACGGUGGAUCAGAGCGGUCCUAUGCGGGUGUUGGUGACCGGGGGGACUGGUCCGGUGGGCAGGGCCAUAGAACAUGUGGUCAAAGAAGAGGGAGGGGCCAGGGAUGGAGAGGAGUGGAUCUUCCUCUCCUCUAAGGAUGCAAACCUCAUGGACAUGGGUGAGACGCAGGCAGUGUUUCAGAAGCACCAGCCCACCCACGUCAUCCACCUGGCAGCCAUGGUGGGAGGGCUCUUCAAGAACAUGAGGGCCAACCUAGACUUCUGGAGGAACAACAUCUACAUAAAUGACAACGUUCUGCAGGCAGCACACGAGGUGGAUGCUGUCAGGGUGGUCUCCUGUCUCUCCACCUGCAUCUUCCCUGACAAGACCACCUAUCCCAUCAACGAGACCAUGAUCCACAACGGCCCUCCUCACGAGUCUAACUUUGGCUACUCCUAUGCUAAGAGAAUGAUCGAUGUCCACAAUCGGGCUUAUUACCAGCAGCGUGGGCGGUGCUACACAGCAGUGAUACCAACCAAUGUGUUCGGCCCUCAUGAUAAUUUCAACAUUGAGGAUGGCCAUGUACUACCAGGCCUCAUACACAAAGCAUAUAUUGCUCAGAAGGAGGGCAGUCCGUUGGUGGUGUGGGGCUCAGGAACUCCCAGAAGGCAGUUCAUCUACUCGUUGGACCUGGCUCGUCUCUUCCUCUGGGUGCUGAGAGAGUACCCCGAAGUGGACCCUAUCAUACUGUCUGUUGGUGAGGAGGAGGAGGUGUCCAUCAAGGAGGCAGCAGAGGCUGUCGUCGAGGCGCUGGGGUUCAAAGGUCAAGUGACUUAUGACACAACUAAAGCAGAUGGUCAGUUCAAGAAGACAGCCAGCAACGCCAAGCUGCUGCGGUACCGCCCCAACUUCACCUUUACCCCCUUCAAACAAGCCUUGAAGGAGACAUGUGAUUGGUUCGUGGCUAAUUACAACACCGCCCGCAAGUGAAGAUUCCUCCAAUCUGAUUGUCUGGUAGGCAACCAGUCCUAGGAAGGAAGGAGCAGGAAGAGGGGACCCCUCGAAGUUGGCAGAGAAAUUAGACGUUUUAAAGUUAAUUUCCUGCAAUUCUACACAUUAUGAUACCAGGAGUUGAAUCCCGACUGUAUUGACCCCAUUCUGGGUCUAGAUCCGGCCUGCGGUCCACCUAUUGAGGAUGGCUGCCCUAUAUAGUACACUACUUUUGACCAGAGCUCUAUGGCACUAUGUAGGAAAUAGGGUACCAUUUGGGACGCUUCCUAUCAUGUCUGGAAUGACCAGCAGGUCUCCUGUCUCCCUCUCUAUAACCAUGAUGAUGUCUACACCAUAGGAAUAGAAUGGGUAUAAUGGACAUAGGCUAGUUCUUUGUCCAUGGGAUUUCCUCAAUGGCCACCCAAUAUGGCAACAAAAUAGAAUGUUCUACAAAUAAAGCACAAUAGGAAGGCUCUGGUGCAUUCUGUUGUGCUGCCAUUUUGAGUCGGUUGUUCACUCUACUCAAUUUGUCUACUGUAUCAUGUAGAAUACCAGGUGGUUUGGGAUAUGUUUUUAUACAUUUCUUUACUAAAUAAAGGGUGCAAUAUGUACAUGAGUGGUGGGCUGAGAGAAUAAAUCAAGAAAGUUUAUUUUAA